UAAAACUAUUUACAGAUGAACAUGAGAAGAUGAGCAGUGACGCACAUAAGUACGUUGACAACGCAAUUAAUGCGUUCACAUUAAUAAAAAGACUGUCAACUGAUUUCGAACGGUUAAAAACUGUAGCUUCGGAGCCCACGGAGUUCGUUUGGGAUCGGGAGAUGAUAUAUGCUACAGAAGAAGACUUAAUUGGAGCAACAAUGGCUAUUUCUCGACUACAAUCUGUGUACAAAUUAAACACUACACAUCUAGCUGAAGGAAAUUUGCAAGGCGUUAUUGGUUUUCCGAUGACAGCGAAUGACUGCUACGAAUUAGCUCUGAUAUUGUACAAGCAAGAAGAUCCGAACAUCAGUCGGCAAGCUGCAGAGUGGUUCGAAGCGGCUCUCGAAAAACUCAAUAAUGAGCAGAACGAGAAUACAUUUACAGCUAUUGAAGUAAUGACGUACAUCGUGAAGUCCUAUCAUCGGUCGAAUAUUAACUUAGACAUAAAAGCUUACGCGUGGGCAGAAAAACUACUUGCUUUAAAACCUAACGACCGCACUGAUUAUGUUACGAAUUUUUACAAAUAUGCUGUGACACGAAACAACACUAACUCCACUGAAGUUGCCUCAUGGAAUAAAUAUUCCGCAUUAUGUCGCGGUGAAACUGAUGUCCCUGCAGCAAGUUCAAGCAAAUUACAUUGCUGGUAUUUAAGAAAUAUUCCAUUUCUGAAACUGGCGCCGAUCAAGAUGGAGGAAGUUCACAAGGAUCCAAAUGUUUUCAUCUUUUAUGACGUCCUCAGCGACGACGAGUUUCAAAACAUAAAAACAAUAGCCGGUCCUAAGUUGGAACGCGCCAGAAUAGUUGGUGAUAUUUAUGCAGAAUAUCGUAUUGGUAAAAGUGCAUGGCUAUACAACAACAUUGAUGUUGUAGCAAAGCUGAGACAGCGUACGGCUGAUUUUACGGGGCUCAAUAUUUCACACGCUGAGCCAUUACAAGUGCUCAACUACGGGAUAGGAGGCCAUUACAUAUGGCACUACGAUGCCUUUGAUAGUGGCCAAUUCAAUAAAGAAGAUGGAAACAGAAUAGCUACAGUUCUAUUUUAUAUGUCAGAUGUCAGUCAAGGUGGAGCGACUGUGUUUGCCCAACUAAACCUGACAGUAACACCGAAAAAGGGUUCAGCUAUAUUUUGGAAUAACCUGCAUCCUACCGGAGAAAUAGAUAAAAAAACGUUACACGCGGCAUGCCCAGUAUUAUACGGAAGUAAAUGGGUGUCCAAUAUAUGGAUCCAUGAGUUUGGUCACGAGCUGUUGCAGCCAUGUUCUGCUAUAUAAAUUGGUUUGAAAUUUCAAACCACUUGCAUUGUUUACCUAUGUUGUAAAACUUAAAUUAAG